AUGGCGUCCUCCAUAGCUAACAAUCACCAUGAUACAUUUAAUUUGGAUACAAUUGCGGAGAAUUUCGCGCGUUGUAUAGAAGAUAUUGAUAAGAAAGUAGACAUGAGUCUAUAUAUUAGUGCAUUUGAAGAAUUAAACAAAUUCUUCCAUCACAUGGGCAGAGUGUUCACAUUCGUCGCAUCGGACAUCCACGAGAAGUGCACGAUACUGACCGGUCACCUGCAGUCGGACGUCGGCACCCACUACUCCUCCAUUCGCGACAUGGUCGACUAUGAGGUGUCAAACAGCAUCACGGUCGUUCACGAUCGCCACAAGCUCGCCUCGGGCUGCCGGACGCUGCUGCGGCUGCACAGGGCGCUCAAGUUUAUCAUCGAGUUCCUCGACAAGCUGUCGGCAGCGGCGCUCGACGAUCACGUCUCAUCCAUCGGGCACAAAGCGUACGACACGACGCUGCGGCACUACCAUCCGUGGUUGGUCCGCCAAGCGGUCGGCCUCGCGAUGUACGCGCUGCCGAACGUUCACGGUCUCGCUAAGAUUGUCGCUGAGAACAAUGGCCACCAGUUAGACCACUCAUUGAUGCAGGGGUCACUCCAGAAGAUUGUGCAGGCGGCGCAGCCGGUGUAUGACGUCACACAGGAGAUGUAUGAAGCUAGUAACCUGCUGGACCUCCCAUAGAUGCUAUGCAUGAGUUUGGGAUUGUCUCCUAGUCAGAGUAUCAAACACCUGGGAUUAAGUCCCGCAUGAAUUUAUGGAGCUUGACUGCCUGCUUGCAUAUGCACAAGGUGGCUUUCACAACGUGAUGUAGUCUGUUAGCACUGUAAUGUAACGGGAGGCGGUAAGAGGAGGCACUUUAGUAUGUUUGAUCAUACUACAUGUGACUUAUUCGUUGUUAAAUUAUUUAUUUUAAUCUUGGUAAUAGCCAAAUAAUACCUCAAAAAUGUGUUAAUGUAAUGCAAUAUUAAGGCCAUCAUCACACAAUAGAUCUAUAGAUUUAAUUAGUAAAAUUAGUAAUUCUAUUAAAAGAAAUAAUAUAAAAUGACCAAAAUAUCUGUGUGGCAACUAAAUUUAUUGUGAUUCACAUUAUUUCAUGUGUGCAAGUAAAAGUAUGAUUCAAGGAACAGGGUGUAGCAAUAAUAGGUGCUAUAAGUAAAUGUAAUUUCCAGUGGACCAGAUGUUCAAAAUCAUUAUAAAUGUAGGGUUGGUUCUCCCUAGGCCUUUAAUGCAUUUUUGCUCUGACAUGCUUUCAAAGUCGGAGCUACAUUGCGACAUCCCAUAAUUCCUCUGACGUGCCUUAAUUUCCUAAUCAACAUGCCUUUAUUUCCAGCAGUGUUUACUUUUGAUAAUCCUAACACAGUCAUGCCAUGUUCUACAGCUUGAUGUAUAUGUGUCAGACCUGAUCAAGUGUACCCUUGUAUUGAGGGCACUUGGAUUUCAGAAAUUAUUUCCGACCGGUCUCGUGUUUUCCCCACUUUCACGAUACUUACCAUCAUUGCUUGAGUAAUAGCAGCUGUCUAGAGUAACACUAACAUGUCUUAGAACCUUGGUAGUUAGCAAUGUCCACCAAAAUAUGUAGGAUUCGAAUUUUGAUUACUCGUUUUGAUUUCAGCUGCCAAUUUCUUGUGAAUCUCGGACUAUAUCGUGAUAGCUCGAGAUACCGGCUAGGGAUCGACUAGUAAUGUUUUAAAUUGCACCGAGUUUACUACACAGAAUCAGAUGCCGUUUUGUUUGAGUUAGGUAUACUAUGUAUGCACUAGCUUUGAAUGCACCAUUUGCAAAUUAAUUGUCACUAUAAUCAAAUGCCAUGGUUUAUGUGUUCAAUUCCAAUUUUCUAUGUUAUAAGAGCAUAAAUUCGUAGUGUUUUUUAAGUUGGUGUAAUCAGUAUCACGUCUGCUAUUAGGUGAGACUAUAUUUUACUAUAUUUCUUCCAGAUUUUGCAUUUUUAAGCAAUGAUUUUGAAAUCUUUUCUUUAAGACGUGUAAUUAACUGCAAUUGGCUAUUGGUGAUAGAUUGCCCACUGCCCGACAUGCCUUCUUAAAUUUCUGGGGCAGAAUCGUGAUACAUAUAUAAUAUGUAUCUUUGCUGGAAAACCGCUGUAUAUUAUAGCAAUGUGCUGUAAGCUGACCGCCGAAACAGCCUGCGACAAGCAUCGGUAGGCAGUCUUCUUGGCCAAGCAAACUUCCUGGCAGUACCUAAAACACCACAUCUUGUCCCCUUAAAUGCAGCUGCAGUUAAAUUGUCUACGUCAAGAAUCUCCUAAAUCAUCAUGGCACGUGAUGAUUUUAUCAUACAGCAUUUUUUUGCAGAAAUUUAUUUCACGAAUAAUUAUAUGUAAUAACUUUCUGGCCGAACAUGUUUACUUGGUGCAUAAAAUGUGGCAAACAUAAUUUAGAUGCUAACUUGCUAAAUGCUGUUUACCAGGAUAUGAUUGAGUGGCAAAUUCAUUCAGUGUGAUAUGAGGUGACAUUUUUGUGCUAUGCAUGUUUAUAAUGUUUAUACAUUAUCUGAAAUGCUCCAGGUUCAUUACGACAGAGAUGCCCGAGCAGUUUAUGAUAAUGAAACUUAUACUGUAUUUAUCUGUAGUGUACAACUCCAACUUUGUAUCUAAAGUAGAUUUUGUAGCAAUUUUUCACAGAAUGCAAGCUUGUUGGUUGGAUUUGCAAGUGUGUAAUGUAAUCAUGACAUUCCCUUUUCUCACCGAGAAGUGAUUAUUCCACAGUGACAGCAUUUUACCUGUUUUGGAUAAUAUCACGAACGUAUGUAAUAUUGUAACAUUGUUGAUAUAGGAUACAUACAUCUUCAUGAUAAUAUGUAAUAGAUGUCUUUUAUUCAGCGCCCUGCUUUUGGGCGCCCUGGUACCUUUGACUAAGUAUUGUUCGCUGCAUAUGGAUGACAUAGUGAUUUUCACUUUGCGAUUUGUUGUUUUAUUUAUUGCCUAUGCUUUAUACGAUUAGGCACCAUUAUGUCAUUAGUUAUUUUAUAAUAAAUUUAUGAAGAUAUUG